GAAACGACGUGUCGCAUCAUUUCCAACAGAGAAAAGUGAAAGCUGAAGUGCCACUUGAAGAAGAAGCCUUUAAUGCUCUUUCCUUCUUUCACAUCUCUUCAAAUUCCACACACUACACAGAGCCACAGCCCAAAGAAUAUAAGAAGAGGAAAGCGAAUUCCCAAGCAUCCAUUCAUCAGAGAAACCGCAAAAUGGCUUCAGUAGCGACUAAGCAGCAAGAGGGUGAGAAACCGGCCAAGAGAAAACCGGUUUUCACCAAAGUGGAUCAGCUGAAACCGGGAACCAACGGUCACACUCUGGUUGCUAAGGUGUUGUCCUCCAACACUGUGUUGCAGAAGGGACGACCCUCUUCUUCGCACAACAUUCGCCCCACUCUCAUCGCCGAGUGCCUCAUCGGCGACGACACCGGCACCAUCAUCUUCACCGCGCGCAACGAACAAGUUGACAUAAUGAAAACCGACAACACUGUGAUUCUUCGUAAUGCAAAGAUUGACAUGUUUAAGGGAUCAAUGAGGCUUGCUGUUGACAAAUGGGGCCGCAUUGAGGUCACUGAUUCUGCAAAAUUCAUAGUUAAAGAGGAAAACAACCUAUCUCUGGUUGAAUAUGAAUUGGUGAACGUGGUUGAGGAGUGAUUAUGCAGAAGAGUGCAAGUAUGACUUUAUGAUUUGUUUAUGAUACAAUGUAUACUGGUGAAGGUAAAAAACAUAACUGUUGGUGGAUGGAUGGGUUGGUAUAUACAUUCUUACUUCUGUUGGCUGGUAUUUUCCUAUAACAUGUUUGACAUCUUUUAGGGUUAAGUUGAUUUCACUUGAACAAUGUUGUGUGAGUGAUCAAGAUUUGCCAUCUAUGUGAGCAACUGUAUCCAAUGAACCUAAGAAAAGUAUAAUAUUCUGUUAAUAUAAUUAUCCAUAUGUUUCUCCAUUUUCGUGUA